GCCUCAUAGGGGAGGCCCCAAACCCAACUCCCCCCAUAGGUGGGGUGCCAAACUCAACUCCCCCUAACCCUGCCUUCCACUAGUCUCUACUCGUCGGAGGCUGUGUGGGUUUGUAAAAAUUGGGUCAGUGGCAGAUUUGGGUUCUGUGUAUUUGAAUCAAUGGCGGUUGACAGGAUUAGCAUGUUGCCAGAUGAACUCCUUUGUCACAUUCUCUCCUUUCUUCCAACUCCAAUGGCUGUAGUCACCAGCAUUCUUUCAAAGAGGUGGAAGCCACUGUGGCUCUCAGUGGUGUCCAAUCUCUUCUUUGAUGACCAAAGCUCCAAACCCUUUCACUGCUUCACAGACUUCAUAUAUGCAACCAUUCUCAACAGAGAUUUUCCUAUUACAACAUUUCGCCUCCAAUGUCGAGCUGGUUUGUACCUCUCUGAUUUUGACCUCAAGAUAUGGGUUAAUGCUGCAAUACGACGCGGGCUUGAGAAUCUCUACAUCCAGCUGUCCGGUGUUCGAUUGAGCUUGAGCAGCUGCAUUUUCUGCUGCAAUACUCUGGUUGUUCUCAACUUGGCGCGGUUAUUAUUGGAUCAAUUUUCCGUUGUUGAUCUUCCUUCACUCAAAACUCUGCAUUUGAACGAUGUCGGUUUUCCACAACCGCAGAAUCUUGUGGAUCUUCUUACUAGGUGUCCAAUUCUUGAGUAUAUGGGUCUGAGUGAUAUAUACUAUUGGGGUCUUGAGGAUGUUCCUAGUAAUAAGAACGGUGGAAGCUUAUCUAAGUUGGUCAGGGCAGAUAUACAUGAUGUUAGUUUCGAUAUUUUUGUAGGAUCUCUUGGCAUUGACAAGUACAUGAAUGACAUUCCCAUUUUUCCUAAUUUAACUCAUCUGGAGCUUACGCGGGAAUGGGAUAUGAGCUGGGAUAUGGUACUUGCAAUGCUCAAGCAGUGCCCUAUGCUUCAAAAUUUUGUCCUUGAUAUGCGGAAAAGUUUUGAUGAUUCUGAUGAUUUGGUUUGGACUUCCCCCUGUUUUGUUCCUGAAUGCCUUUCUUCACAGCUUAGAAAAUGUUCUAUUAUAAAUUGUGAAGGCACAGAAAGUGGGCUGUAUUUUGCAAAAUAUAUUAUGCAGAAUUCAAGAGUUUUACGGACAAUGACAAUUUGCACUCUGUGUUCCUCAGAGCUAAAGGUCGAAUUGCUGAAAGAAUUGUCCUCAUGCUCAAGGAGUUCUAUGAUUUGUCAACUUUCAUUUAAAUGAAAAUGAGUGACAGGCUCUAGUUAGUAGCUGCAAAUUGAUUCUAUAAUGUUAGAUUAUUGCAUUGGUACUUAGUUUAUCUACCUAUCUACCUAUUGUACAACUGCUGAUAUUUCGAAGGAAAUGGAACUUGUCUCUUGUUCAA